UAUUUAGCUGAUGCAAAGUGAUUCGCAGACCAGUCUAUUGGAUGAUGGCUGUGGACGGUUUGAUUGUGUGGAACGCGGCCAGAGUCUCGGUUAACCGCCUCUUCAGCGGUUUCGCGAACACUAUAGAAUGUAGACAGCUGGUCGCUACUCCGCACAAUGCAACUCGUUAUCCGUGUAGAAUGCAGAGCAUAACUUAUUUCCUCACCUUCUCAGCAUGACCAGGGUCAGAAACACACUUGAGCUAGGUUUCACUAUGUCGCUCUAUGAUCUAUUUCAUUCCACGGUAACAGUGUAUACCGAAAGAGAAAGUGGAAAGUAGUUUUUUCUUGGAACAGCUUCUUUUUUUUUAACCCAAUUGGGGAGGAGCUCCGUUCAGGUUUUAUUGGAAUCCAAUUUGAAAACUUAACGAGUCCGUAACUGAAAGGCAACAUAAACGAAAAUGAUAUUAUCCGGCCGACUAACAUGUCCGCGGUCUGUAACAGCACUGAAUAUGUUCACGUUUUUCUAUAAACAGGCAAAACAUCUACAAUAGAUCGCUUGCAUUGACUCGGCGGAGGAGUGUUAGUCAAUGGAACGCCGGGAUCGUGCUGCCUGCACAUCGUCACACGCAAAAUCGUCACCCGCAACGGACUAAUUCCGGAGGAGACUUGGUUCAGAAAACAUGAAUGGACAUGGAGUUGAGUCGUCCACCAAUGGGAUGGUAGACAUCUGGUGAUGGAGAGCACCGUGGAGCGUACUCCUAAAUAGAAUGGUCAGAGACACUCUGACUGGAACCACAGUGGAACGAUCGCAGAACCACCCAGCGCCCACAUGGAACCAGGACAGAACCCAGCAGUUUCCGGGGCAACACAGAGAAGACCAGAACCAACUCUUAGAACUUGAGGACCAUGUCGUAGAACACGAGAUACUAGACUUGGAAAAACAUAAGAGAGACUCAAAACAACAAAACCCAGAGCUUGACAAACAGCUCCAGUCCGGUCCAGAAAACCAGACCGGACCUCCAGAACCAACCAAUUUAGAGUCCCGUCUCCAGCCUUGGGGGUCCCAGCGGGCCCGGCCUGGUGUCUCCCUGCCAAGCCCCCCUCGGCUCCUGUCUUGCCCCAGCUUACCUCUUCCCUGUCCAGACCUUUGGACCCCAACCCCUCUCACGCAUUUUCGACCCUUCUCCAGCCUGCAGGAGUGUGUUCUGGUGAGACGGACUCACAGUCAGCUGGUUCACAGUGGCUUUUACUGGGGCCCCAUGGACAUGGAGCAGGCCCACCAGACCCUACAACACACCCCGCUUGGGACCUUCCUCAUCAGGGACAGUGGCCAGCCGGACGUCUUCUUUACCCUCAGUUACCAUGGCGACCAGGGCCCCACCAGCAUCCGUGUCCUCCUGGACGGUCUGAAGUUCCACCUCCAUGGGAGCAGGAAGACCUUCGCCUCGCUCUUCUCCAUGUUGCACUUCUACAUGGACACCUCCCUGAGGAGGCUGCGUUGGGCGUGGCGUAAGGAGCGGCCAAUGACAUUGCAGCAGCUGUGUCGGAGGCGGGUCGUCGAGGUUUUUGGAGCGGACAGCAUUGAUUCACUACCUGGGCUGAACAGGGUGGCCACACAAUAUCUGCACAACUAUCCAUACAGCAUGUAAACACAUGACGAGGGAGGAGCAGCCUCUGACAGCAAAGCUAACAACAAGACCCUGUGUGCAAGUGGUUAUUUGUUGUUUUGCUGUGUGUGUGUGGGAGAGUGUGUGUGUGUGUGUGUGUGUGUGUGUGUGUGUGUGUGUGUGUGUGUGUGUGUGUGUGUGAGUUAGUUAGUUUCUGAGACACUUGAAUCCUACAAAAUAGUUCCAUUCAAACAACAACUUUCUGCAGCAACCUAACUCUUUAACUUAACCACUAACCCCUAACCCUAAACGUAACCCCUUAGCCCUCAACUUUAAACUUUAAUCUAAACCCUAACAA